AUGCCAAAAACAACACCACUAUCUCCCCAUGUGGCAGACGAUACACAGAGAAUUCUCAUCAAAGAAUUCUCUCUAACAUUAUACUUUUAUUCACCAAAGGCAUAUGAAUAUGUGAGGUCAAUCAUACCACUGCCAAAUCCAUCUUUGAUUAGAAAAUGGUCAAGCUCAGUUGACUGCGAGCCAGGUUUCCUGCAGGAGGCAUUCCAAUCGUUGCAAAGUGAGGCAGAUAAAACACCAUCGAAGAAAGACUGUGGUCUCAUUAUUGAUGCCAUGUCAAUAAGGAAACAAACAUUGUGGGACCCAAAGAAAGAACAGUACUCGGGUUUUGUUAAUUAUGGCCCAGUACCACCUGAAGAUCCUGAAACCCUUGCAUCUGAAGCAUUAGUUUUCAUAUUGGUUGGAACACGAACCCGGUGGAAGUGUCCGAUUGGUUAUUUUCUGGCUGAUAAAAUGAAUGCUAAAACCCAAGCACAGCUGGUUAGGAUGGCCUUGGAAAAGGCAGCUGACGCAGGAUUAAGGGUUUGGUCAAUAACUGCUGAUGGUACAUCUGUCAAUGUCAGCACGUUUACUCAAUUGGGUUGCAUAUUUGGUACAACAUACGACUCCAUGGUAACCAUGUUUAAGCAUCCAUCACGGAAUUACAAUGUAUAUGUAAUAUUGGAUCCAUGCCAUAUGCUAAACCUCGCACGAAAUGCACUGGCCAGCUUAGGUUCAUUUUAUGACAGUGACGGUGGUGAAAUUCAAUGGAAGUUCUUUCAUCUUCUCCAUAACCUUCAAGAAGAUGAAGGAUUGAAUUUAGGAAACAAAUUCUCAGCACAGCACCUACAAUUUCAAAAACAUAAAAUGAAUGUAAGAUUAGCUGCACAGACCCUAAGCUCAUCCAGUGUCAAAUGCAAUCGAAUUUCUCGACGUUUCGAUGAAGCGACCGCAAUUUAAGAACAGCGGGCCUACUGUAAAAUUUGUAAGAAAUAUUGACAGAGCAUUUGACAUUCUUAAUUCUAGAUGUCCUCGGGCUAAGGGAUAUAAGCAGCCUCUGAGACACAAAUCAAAAGAUACAUGGGAAGAUUAUCUAAAAUCAACAGCAGAAUAUCUACUAUCACUGGUUGGGAAACAAGGAAAGAAUAAAGAACAAGAGCUUCUUUCUACUCACAGAAGAAAAACAUUUAUUGUUGGUUUUGUAGCUACCAUAAAAUCCACCAUCAACAUGGCAAAUGAAAUGUUUUCACUGAAAGAAAAUCCUUUUGCAUAUCUGUUAACGUACAAGUUCUCGCAAGAUCACAUGGAAUUGUUGUUCUCGUGUAUACGCUCUAAGGGUGGUUGGAACAAUAAUCCAAACAGUAUGCAGUUAGUAUUAGAAAAAUGCUUUUCACGAAUGCAGCGAAAGCCUCGAAAAAUUCCAAUUGUAUAGAUUUUUCAGAAGGUUUUUCUUCGGGAAUAAUUCCAAUUUUAAAUAAGAGAAAACACAGAUCCCCGCUUAUCGAAGAAGAAAAGCCAGAAAAUGAUUCCGGGUUUACGCUAACAGAGCAGCUGCUAGUUGAAUAGUUAGCUGAAAGAGGACAUUCAGAAUUAAUGUGAAACAUUCUGUUCUACAUCAGUGCAUUCAUAGUCAAAAAGUUGAUAAAAUUACUUGCCUGUACAGCUUGCAGAAGUUGUCUCAUUUCAAGUCUUUCAUCCUCAUCAGUCGACCAUGAUUACUGCGGUGCAAAAACCACACAACAUUCUGACACUCCAGCAGCCUCAGCUUUCACACUAUUCGUCAACAGAGGCGGUUUAACCAUUCCCUCGCAAUCAGUCUACGCCGUUGUCAAGUAUGCUGAACAUAUUUUUAAAGCGUUUGUUGUCAAGGAUGGGAAACACAUCAACUCAAGUGAAAAGCUACGCAGUAAAAUGAUCAUGGAAAUCUGCCAUCAUUUUGUUGUCAAUGAGUCCUGUCAUUUAAAUAUCUUUGGCGAUCAUGAUCCCGGGAUGAACGAAGUUGGUUUGGACGAAGACCACAAGCUAAAAUUGAUCAAGUGCACUGCCGACAAGUACUUUACGCUACGACUCUUCACGUACGGCAAGCGUUAUUGUGAAUCUGUUGUUCAAAAUGGAAAACAAAGUGACAGAUUUCAGUUAACUCAAUUAAUUUUGUUUAAUAACCAGUGAAAUAUUAAUAAAAUACUGGUAUAUUUGUACUUAUCUUUGUGUGUUGUGCUGUUUUAUAUGGCGUUGUUAAUAUUUAACUGACCAUAUCUUGCUGGUUGCCAGUUUGUCUGAAAUAUGUUCCGUUUAAAAUAGCAUUGAUCGUUGUCAUUUUCAAACUUUUUCGACUUCGUCCCACUUCUUAUACACAGAAGACUUUUCCUAGCUCAUUAGAAAUACAUAAAGCAUCUCAAAAACGAAAGAGAAAGGCAACAAAUUGUGCAAUUUUACAUCGAACAUUUUCCGUUUUCGAUCGCCGCUCCUCAAGCACGCGUGCUCCAGUUUCCGGGGGGGGGAGGGAGUGAAAUUUUUUUUGGGCGAGCUGGCUUCAACCAAUCGUAGGACUCUAUCAUAGGAUAACUCCUUCCAGUUAUAUUUAGUUCAAUGUAUAUAGCGCGAAGGUCUGAGCAUGAGAAAAAUUUCAAAUAUUAUACUGUUUUAAUUAAGCUGUCAACGAAGAGAUUUACAUAAAAAUUUUUUUAAAAAAUUCAGAGGCGGCAGAAAUCGAGAGGUGGGCGGUGACGCUAACCAAGUUUUUUUUUUUUAUUUAGCCUAAUUUUACGCUGAAACAUCCUGUCAAAUAGGGUAAACUAUCCGUAUUUACUGACCAAAAAUUUAAAUAAUUAAAUUUGCACUGGUUUUCCCCCGACAGCAUUUGUGAAUUGUUUUGAUUCAAAUUAUUACAGUACUGUUCCAAGUACUGUCCCCCCCUCCCAGUGCAGAAAAAUUUGAAAUGUUUGUUGAUUUUCGUUGUCCAAUGAGGGUUGAGUGUAUUUUGAGUUGUUCAACGACUUCCGCUUUUUGUCCAGCAAACCCGGCACGUGGAUAUAUUUAGCCUGUGUACAGCCGUUAUAUUUCAUGAACUCCGGUCGAAAUAUAUGAGAAUACAAGCGGUAUAGCUUACCUAUUUGUGCUUCGGAUCAACUUACUCUCGACGAAACGCGAGGGAGAACGUCUGUGAGUUGGAUGCAUAAUCCUUGUUCAAGUCACGUGGAUAGUUCCCAGAUUUGGGGACCGUCCUCUGAUUGGGACAGUGCUUUAUUUGAAUAAUUUAUGGUAAAUGAGCUAUUUCAUUGGUUAAUUGAUAAUUAGCAUGCGUUUAAAAUAACAACACAGUUAAAAUUCCAGAUCAAGAAUCGAGAUUUCUUUCGGAGCAUACAAAGGUUUGAAAGACUUGAAAUACAAUCUGAAAAACGAUACACCAGAAAUAUAUUGCAUAUAUUUCUCGAUGAAGAGAUUUGUUUUGAGUGCGAACAAUGCUGAACGAUGAUCAUUGCCGGCAAGUCCGGUGUACAAGCUUUGAGUUCUUGGUGUACAUAUAUAUGGCGUAUAUUUGUUUACAAAGACAAAGUAUUAAAUAUAAACACAACUGGUUAUUCAAAAGGUGCAUUUUAAGGUAGUUAUAAGUUAACUGGCCAAGUAAGACGAAGUUAAACACAUUACAUGUAAAGAAAAUGCUUUAUCGCGAGGGGUCGGGACAUAUAAACAGAUUGUCAAUUUAUUAAAUUGUCAAUGGACCAUUCCCCAAUUAACCAAAAUUUUGAUCUCAACAAGUCUAGACAAAAUUCCAUCAUAGCACGAAAGAGCAUCACAAAAUUAGUAAUAUUCCAAAGUUUCUUUGCGAAUGUUGUAAAAUGCGGAUAUAGCCUUGCGAAAUUUGCAAUUUUCAGUCAUUUUAGAUUACAAACGGGAAAUGGUUACCACUUUUCCAAAAUUUUGAUCUUAACUAGCCUAAACAAUAAUAUGGCGUUCCGUUCCGGUCAAAAUUAUUUCAAGUCAACAAGUAAUAGUCAAACAUCAUAUAAACAUGUUAUAACUCUCAAUAUAAUGUUGAAAAUAUCAAGAUGAAGUUCAAACUCAAAAAAAUAAAACGAAAGUUUAAAGCAUAUACUUCAAAACUGCAAAAUACAUUUCAAACCUCAAGGGAUAUAUAUGAAAAUUAAACGCAAGUCCAAACUUCUAUUUAUAAUACGAAACUCCCAAAUGAUAAGUCAAAGCCGCGGCUCAUAAAAACAAGUCGAAAAGUCAAAAAUAUAAAUCGAAAGGAAACGGAAGUAAGCAACUUAAUACAGAGGAAGUCAGGAAACGGAAGUUAACCUAUGAACGUAAAUAAGCAAUAUGGCGGGUGUAAGAAGCCAGCUUAACGAUUUUGAAAUUGAAGAAUUCUUUCGUUCUUUACAAACAUUGCUGAGCUCGUCUUUUAACAAUAACAUUUCCUAUGAUUCAGCCGAAUAUUUUUCUCGCCGUCUGGAUGUUUAUGAGAGAAAUAUAAAUAUUCUUCUCACAAGACUUAGUGAAUCAUAUCCCAUGGAACAACAACUGUUGUCAGAUAUGCACACCCUUCAGGUGAUUGUUCGUCAUCAAAGGGAACGAUGCGAAGCACUUUCCUUUCGCCCUUUGUUGGAGGAGGACCACGGUAUUGUUCAGGCAAGUGUAGGAGCAACCAUUUCUGGUGUGGGAAGACCAAGACUGGAUGUCUCACAACAGGCGAUCGAAGCUCUCCAUUCUCAAGUUGGGCUUUCCUGGGCAGAAAUUGCAAGAAAUUUUGGAGUGUCUGAGAGUACCAUACGACGACGUCGACGUUCAUUUGUCUCGGCUAUAAAUACGAACAGGGAAUCACAUUCAACCAUAAGGGACAAUGAACUUGAUAUACUUGUCCGUGGCAUCUUACAAAUAACACCCAGGAUUGGCUAUAGAUUAGUACAAGGUGCCUUACGAAGACGUGGAUUGCGUAUCCAAAGACGCCGGGUGCUAGAGAGUCUUCAACGUGUUGACCCGGUCACAGUUACCAUGAGAGCGUCAAGAAGCAUUGUCAGAAGACGUUACUCUGUACCAUGCCCAAAUGCAUUAUGGUAGGUAUCAUGACCGAAAAUGGAUCCUUGUUUUUCAAUAUUUAGUUCCUUUCGAUGUGAUGGACCUUUGCUACGUAAAUUACAUAUGAGCAAAUGUUUCUUUACAGUGGUUCCAUAUGCUCUUUGUGAGGCGAGAACGGAAAGCCUCUAGCUGUCACAUCGAUUUUAAAUAUGAUGUAAUGUUAUGAAAACUGAAUUAUCUCAGUAAGAAGUUACCUAACAGUUUUCUGUGUUCUUUCAAAUACAUCAACAAAACAUUUUGCGUCAUGUACACUUUAACCCAUUAAGCUGCAGAGUCUCCCCACUGACGAAUAAAGUUGUCAGGUGUUAGACAAGUAAAAAAAUAAGUAGAGCACACUGCAGCUAAAUGGGUCAAUGCAAUAUGUUAGGUGUUUGCAUGAUUAUUUUACACUUUUUGGUGAACGUCCCAUCUUUUUCUCACAAAAGCUAUGCUUAGCAAGAAGUAUAUAUGUAUUCCUUUAGUAUUUCAUGGCUGGUUAACCCACUUUUUUACAGGCAUUUGGAUGGUAAUCAUAAGCUUAUCCAGCCAUACAGAGUAGUAAUCCAUGGUUGCAUAGAUGGGUAUUCAAGAUUAGUGGUUUUCUUACAUGCCUCUACCAACAACCAAGCCUCCACAGUUCUAGAAUGCUUUAGAGGAGCUGUCAACCAGUAUAAUCUUCCAUCACGUGUCAGGACAGAUUUGGGAUUGGAAAACAUAGAGGUGGGGCGUUUCAUGCUACAAUCUAGGGGGAUAAACCGAGGCAGUAUAAUUACCGGCACUUCAGUCCACAAUCAAAGAAUUGAACGUCUUUGGCGUGAAGUGAAUGGCAUUGUGUCCAGUCGUUUCGUGAAUAUUUUUGUGUAUCUUGAAUCUUUUGUUCUUGAUACAACAAGUGAACUUCAUUUAUUUGUUUUACACCUUGUUUAUAUACCCCUCAUUAACCAAGCUCUGCAGGAAUUAAGGGAAUCAUGGAACAAUCACUCAUUAAGUACAGAACGCAACCUUAGCCCCAUGCAGCUUUGGGUUCAAGGUAUGAUUAGCAGUAGAAACUCUCAUUACAGUGCUGUAAGAAGUGUGCAAGAUGACCUGCAAGUUAAUUGGGAUGAUUAUGGGAUUGAUGAAGAUGGACCUGCAGCAAAUGUAGAACCAAACUAUAACAUCACAGUUCCAGAAACAAGAAUAAACUUACAGGAUGAACAUUUUCAACACGUUCAAGAACUGGUCAGAGUUAUAAAUGCAGCAGGAGACCAAGAUGGUGUUAUAUGCUUUCUUGUAGUGUUACAUACUCUGGAACAAUUAGGUUAUCAAACUGAAAGUUAA